AUGGCUUCCCUUCGGUUCUCCCCCUUGACGUUGGUCUUGGGUAGUAUCUUCUUCUUCACCUCACAAGUCUUUGCCGUCUCGGCCGUCCUCGGCGUCGACCUGGGAACCGAGUACAUCAAGGCAGCUCUGGUGAAGCCAGGCAUCCCCCUCGAGAUUGUUCUCACAAAGGACUCGCGCAGGAAAGAAAUCUCGGCUGUUACGUUCAAGCCCCCUCAAGGCGGCCCCAAGGCUGGCGUUUUCCCCGAGCGACUUUAUGGCUCCGAUGCCAUGGCCCUGUCUGCCCGAUUCCCCGCCGACGUCUAUCCCAACCUCAAGACCCUUCUUGGCCUGCCCAUCGGCGACUCGAUCGUUCAAGAAUAUGCCGCCCGCCACCCGGGCCUGCAGAUUGAAGAGAACAAGAUCCGUGGCACGGCUGCCUUCAAGAGCAAGGCUUUCUCCGCCGAGGAGGAGGCCUGGAUGGUCGAGGAGCUUUUGGCCAUGGAACUCCAGAGCAUCCAGAAGAACGCCGAGGCCACAGCCGGCCCCGACACAUCUGUUCGCUCCAUCGUGGUCACAGUUCCCCCCUUCUUCAGCCUUGAGGAGAAGCGCGCUGUUGAGCUCGCCGCCGACCUGGCCGGCCUCAAGAUCUUGAGCCUCAUCAGCGACGGCAUGGCUGUCGGCCUGAACUACGCCACCACUCGCCAGUUCCCUAACGUGAACAAUGGCGAGAAGCCCGAGUACCACAUGGUGUUCGACAUGGGUGCCGGCUCCACCAAGGCCUCAGUCUUGAGGUUCCAGAGCCGUACUGUCAAGGACGUCGGCAAGUUCAACAAGACCGUCCAGGAGGUCGCCGUUCUCGGCGCUGGCUGGGACCGCACCCUCGGCGGUGAUGCUCUCAACUCCCUCAUCGUCGACGACAUGAUCUCCCAGUUUGUUGAGUCGAAGGGAGCUCAGAAGAUCUCUGUGCAGACCGAGGCUGUCAAGUCUCACGGCCGUGCCAUUAACAAGCUCACCAAGGAGGCUGAGCGUCUUCGCCACAUUCUCAGCGCCAACUCAAACUCGCAGGCCAACUUCGAGGGUCUCUACGAGGACGUCGAUUUCAAGUACAAGAUCGAGAGGACUGACUUUGAGAAGCUGGCUGAGGCCUACGCUGUGCGAGUCGGUACCGUCAUCCAAGACGCUUUGAAGGCCGCCCAGCUCGAGCUCACUGACCUUGAUUCGGUCAUUCUUCACGGCGGUGCCUCUCGCACCCCCUUUGUCCAGAAGCAGCUUGAAGAAUCUGUCGGCUCCGCGGACAAGAUUCGUUCCAAUGUUAACUCUGACGAAUCGGCCGUCUUUGGCGCUGGUUUCCGCGCCGCUGAGCUGAGCCCUAGUUUCAGGGUCAAGGAGAUCCGCCUGAACGAAGGUGCCAUGUACCCCUCUGGCAUUAAGUGGACCAACCCCAAGCAGAAGGAGCAACACCAGCGUCUUUGGUCGGCUGUCUCGCCCAUGGGCGCCGCGCCGAAGGAGGUCACCUUCACCAACCUCGAGGAUUUUGAUGUCUCAUUCUACCAGCAAAUCGCCGGUGCGGAGCGUGAUGUCAGCACCCUCAAGACGCAGAACCUGACUGAGACUGUCGCUGCCCUGAAGGAGAAGUACGGCUGCGAAGACAGCGGCAUUCAGUUCAAAGUCGGCGUCAAGCUGAGCGGCGAGAAUGGCGAGGUCAAGGUUGUGAAGGCGGCCGUUGAGUGCGAGGCUGAGGUCUCUGAGAGCCUGAUGGACGGCGUCAAGAACCUAUUUGGGUUUGGCAAGAAGGAUCAGAAGCCUCUGGCUGACGGCGAAGCUGAGGAUGUCGACUCAGCGGCCGAUACGUCUUCUACCGAGUCUUCCACCACAUCGACUGAAUCGUCCAAGAGCAAGACCACGUCAACGGGGACUGCCGCUGGCGCCGAAGCUAGCGCUGCCGAGGCCAAGGAUGAGCCCAAGAAGAAGCAGAUUGUGUCCAUCCCCGUCAAGUUUGCUCUCGAGGAUACUGGUUCGCCCUCGCUCUCGAAGGAGGACCUCAAGAAGUCCAAGGACAGACUCCAAGCGUUUGAGGCUUCUGAUAAGGCUCGCCGUCAGAGGGAGGAAGCCCUGAACCGCCUCGAGGGUUUCACGUACAAGGUCCGCGACUUGCUUGACAGCGAGUCCUUCGUGGCUGCCUCGACUGAAGAGGAGCGCACAACGCUGGAGACAAAGUCCAGCGAGGCCAGCGACUGGCUCUACGGCGAAGGUGCUGACGCGUCCAAGGACGAGUUCAAGGCCAAGUACAAGGAGCUCAACGAUAUUGUGUCGCGCGUGCAGAAGAGGGUGGAAGAGACCGAGACGCGACCCGAGCUUGUGAAGGCCCUCAAGGAUGCGCUGGACCAGUCCACCGUCUUUGUUGACAAGAUCAAGGAUCAGAUCAAGUCGUACGAAGAGUUCCACGCGGCGGCUCAGGCUGCCAGCUCUGAUACGAGCACUGCCACUGAGGAGCCUGCCUCUUCGUCCAGCACUGACAGCGACGGAGUUGAGGAUGAUACCGCGACGGAGAAGCCCAGGGACAUGGAGGACGUCAUCAAGGAAGACGGGCCGAUCCCCCCUCUGUACAAGAUGGAGGAUGUCGACGUCAUUGACAAGCUCCACGAGGACAUUUCAUCGUGGAUCACCGAGAUGGAGGCCAAGCAGGCAGCCCUGCCCCCAACGGCGGACCCGGUGCUUCUCGCCAAGGACCUCAAGUCACGCCGUGAGAAGCUCGACAAGGCGGGUGUCGACCUAGCCAUGAAGGGCGUCAAGAGCUUCGAGAAGAAGAACAAGAAGGCGAGCAACAGCAACAAGAAGACGAAGAAGACCAAGACGGCCACGGCGGCCACUGGCGACGCCUCAGAUGGGCCUGAGCCGAUCCACAUCAACCUGGGCGAGGACGGCAAGGCGCCUACCGAGGAGGAGAUUCAGGAGAUUCUGAGGAAGCUGCAGGAGUCGCAGGAGCCCGCACGAGAGCGUGACGAGCUGUAG